AUGAACUCAUCAUAUACGGCAAUUGAACCAGAUGAACCGUUAGACUCACCACCUUCAUAUUCAGCUAAUGAUCAUAAUACAACAACCAACACAACCACCAGCAAUCCUCUGACACAACCAUAUGUUAAUCAACCGCAAGCAGAUCAACCACAACAACCAGGAACUUCUUCUCUGUUUGAACCUCGAACUUUGUUACAAAGAUUGAAAGAAUCAUCACACCCAAUAGCAUUACUAUUUUAUAUAUUUUUCCGAGUAUCACCAAUUGUCACAUAUAUAUUUGGAACCAUAGUGAUUCAUCAAUUCACUUCCAAAAAUACAUUUAUAUUACAUUUUAUUGUUUUGAUUUUGCUAGUAGCUGGUGAUUUCUGGAAUUUAAAGAAUAUUUCAGGACGAUUAUUAGUUGGAUUACGAUGGUGGAAUGAAACCACUUUAAUAGAAAGUGAAAAUGGAAAUGGAAAUGGAAAUGCAAGUGGGCAAGUUGGUGAAUCAGCUAAAGAUUUUGAAAAUGUUUGGGUAUUUGAAACGGCUGAUCCCAACAGAUAUAUCAAUCCAAUUGAUUCUAAAGUGUUUGGCUUUUAUUAUAUGGACAACCAGUAG